AUGGAUCCUGACCGAGCUAUAGCUGAUGAAGUAGAGAGUAAAGCACUAGCUCCCACCCAAGAGACCGCGCCAGUUGAUAGUAGAUCUGAAACACAUAGACUAGGAGAUGAGGCUCGGGAAGCCUUCCUCCAUAUGAUGAAUAAUUGGGAUAAUAUAGAUGAUGAUCCUGAGAAAGUAGAGUUUUGGCUUGAGAAUACUAUUCGGGAGGAAUUUAGAAAGAAGUACAUAAGCCAAUGGUUCAUUGAUCAAAAACGCAAAGAGUUUCUUGAGUUAAAGCAGGGCCGAAUGUCUGUGGUAGAAUAUGAAAGAGAGUUUGUUAAACUCAGUAAAUAUGCCCAGGAAUGUGUGUCUACUAAGGCUAUUAAGUGUAAGAGAUUUGAAGGUGGGUUGAACGAGGAUAUCUGA